UCCAGCACACCCAAAAUGAAGAAGCAAGAACCUGUGUUCCGCACUCCGAUGACUUACAGCCCUCGUCUUGUCGGCAACAAACCCGUUCCAUCACCGUCACGUCAAGAACUAUGGCGAAGACAGCUGGGGUUUGACGAUAUUGACGACCGUCCAGCCACGCCUGGCAGCUACCACGACCCCUCCUCAGACACAGACACCGACCACGAGGAUUCUGGCAGAUUUGCAGCCUCCGUGUCAAGUCCGUGUUCACUGGCCGAAUACCACAGUCUGCAGAAGGAACUUGAUGAACGAAACAAGCAACGGGAUGACCUUCUGCUACAGGUCAAGACUUUAACAGACAAGAACAAACAGUACCGGUCAACAUUAACUAAAGAAGAAAACAGCAAGAAACAACAACUGGGAAUUCUACGAAAAACUCACCAGACCCAGCUGGAUGAAAAAGACGACCUAAUUCAAACCCUCAAAGAACUAUUGGAGGAACACGAGAGUAGGAUAGAACAGUUAGGGAAAGAUGUGCAGGGUAACAUCACAGCACAGACGACCUCCACCCACAACUCCGGCACAGAUACAGCCUCCACAUCAGCCACAACAUCAGCCUCAACAUCAGCCUCUACUCCAGCUUCCAAACUGGUGGAGAAGGUGGCCAGCCUCCAGGAUGACAAGCUUGAGCUGACCAAGGAGCUGGUGACCCUGCGCUCUGAGACUGAGCUGCACGAGCUGCAGCAGAAUGAAACCAUCCAGAACCUCCAGCAGCUCAACGCCAAGUUGGAGAAGGAGAACGCCCAGCUGCAUGACCAGACUACCAAACAUCACCAUGGAAGUGACUUCGAUUCUUCCAUCACGGGGCUGUGUACGACAGACACUGAGAAGCAGCUCGAGAAGGUACAGGCAGAGAACAACCAGCUCACAAAGCAGAUCAGUGGACUCCGCAAACUCUCCGCCCGACCAUCAUCCAUCGCGUUCAACUCCGACAACACACAGAUUCAACUGCUUCAGGAAGAGAAUGAAACACUCCGGACCGAAGUGUCACUGUUGCAAGACACGCUGGACCAGAAAGAAACUCAACAACGGGACACUGAGAUCAAACAUCGCUCAGCAGUCAUGAAACUGUCAACAGAUAACCAGGCAUUGUCACGACAGUUGAGAGAAAUAAAGGCAGAAAUGGUGGCGCUACAAGCCCGGGAACCAGAGGUGAUGCAUCAAAUUGAGCGUGUGCAUGUGGAGGUGGAGUCUGAUACGUUGAAGCAGACGCUGCGAGACACGGAGGACCACAACUCCCAGCUGCAGAACAAGGUGCAGCUUCUGCAACAGCAGACAGUGCAGCAGGGACAGGCAGCGGUAGAGCUACGCCAGGAGAAGGAACAACUUCUACAUCAGCUUGCAAGUCACCAAAGUAAGAACCAUGAGCUGCAGGUGUGUAUGGAAGAGAGGCUUGCUGAGAUGGAGGCAGAGAAGCAGCUAGCUGUCCGGACCACCAGACAAGAGACGGAGGCAGAGAUGGCCGGUCUCCGUGCCAAAUGUCUCGGCAUGUGUGAGAAGCUGGUCUCCGUGCAGUCGUCAUUUGACGAUGUGAUGAUUGGGUACAUCCAGCUCCAGAAGCUGACGAAGCAGUUCCCGACGAUGCUGGCGCAGACAGUUGCCCUGCUGAAGACAGAGAUGGUGAAGGCAGUCGAGGCAGUGAGUGAGCACAACAAGGAGCUGGUCAAGAAGUACCAUCGUGAGAUGUCGCUGCGGAAGAAAUACCACAACGAGCUGGUAGAGCUCAAAGGCAACAUACGUGUGUUCUGCCGAGUUCGACCCUGCAUCAAGGAGGAUGGGCAGCAGAGUAAUGUUGUUGUCACAUACGACCGUGACGAUGAUGGACUCAUCUACGUCGACAACAAAGGGAGGUGUCAGACAUUUGAGAUGGAUCGAGUGUUCACCGACACCAGCACACAGAUAGAGGUGUUUGAGGAGGUGAAGGCCCUUGUCACCAGCUGUAUCGAUGGCUUCAAUGUCUGCAUCUUCGCCUAUGGUCAAACAGGCUCUGGAAAGACUUACACUAUGGAGGGUCCCUCAUCAGAUCCAGGCAUCAACCAGAGGGCGCUGCAGGAACUGUUCCGGGAGACCAGUGAGAAGGGGCGAGACUGGCAGUUCACCAUCACUGUCAGUGUGGUCGAGAUCUACAAUGAAAACCUCAGGGAUCUACUGAACAAUGACAAUGGCAGCAAGCUGGAGGUGAAGAUGAACCCAGACGGAGGCUUCCAUGUUCCGGGUCUCACACAGUACCAAGUGGCCACAGUCAAGGAUGUCAACAAGGUGUUUGCCGUGGGCCAGAGGAACCGUGCCACAGCAACCACCAACAUGAAUGAGCAUUCCUCUCGAUCUCAUGCCCUGUUGUGUGUCACCAUCACCGGCGUCAACAAGACGACCAACACCAAGACUGUCGGUAAACUAAACUUGGUUGACCUGGCAGGGUCUGAGCGGGUCAGCAAAUCUGGAGCAGACGGAGCACGUCUCAAGGAGGCCCAGAACAUCAACAAGUCACUCUCCUGUCUGGGAGAUGUCAUCCAUGCUCUGCGCAGCAAGCAGAACCAUGUUCCGUAUCGCAACUCGCGGCUGACGUACCUCCUCCAGGACUCGCUGGGUGGUGACAGCAAGACCCUGAUGAUUGUCCAGGUGGCGCCGGUCAACUGCAAUGUCAGCGAGUCCACUUGCAGUCUGAACUUCGCUCAGCGGGUACGGUCUGUGGAGCUCGGAGCUGCCUCCAAGAGGAUCGAGUCAAACACAGACUAUAAUGAGAAUGGACUUUCCUCACCUCAGUCCAGUCCACGGAGCACUCCAUCUUCCCCACUCACUCACACACCGGGAAAAUCCACCCCUGGGAAACUCACGUCUGCCCUCGGGAAGACCAACACGCCAGUUGCCAAUGGCAAGCCAGGAACACCUACUUCAUCACGAACACCAGGACAAAUGUCAAGGACGCCGUUGUCACGACAACUUAGCAAGAAAGGAAAAUAGUCGACAAAUUCCAAAGUUUUGGAAUUCUUUAGCAGGAACCUAGUUACGUAAAAUAUGUUUUAGAUCUGUGGACUGUUAACCUGCAGACUUCACCAUUUUCUAACUCUUCAAGUUCAUUUUGCAGACUGUAUAUUCGUCCAGUUUAUAGCAUGGUUACAGUGAAAUGUAAGCCAAACAUGACGAGAGAUGUAUAUUUUGUUUAUAUGUGUAUAUAUUUAGUUAUACUGGAGUUUUAGUUGUUUAGUUCAUCCCAUUGUAGUCAACAUAUCAUGUACAUUAUAUAUCACUGCUAUACCAUUGAGUUCCUCAAUCCACACUUUGUUCUGUUUUCUUCUCUCUUUUUUCAUUUCAUUUAUGUUGUUUGUUUAUAUUCCUAUGUUACAAACUAAUCAUAACAUCAAGGUGCUUUCUCAUGUAAGUAAAUCACCCUUUGGCAUAAUGGACAGCAAGUGUCUCGUGUAGUCAGAAAUGGUAGAGUUAUCUCCCUUGUAUUGAGUACAGGUACACCUGUGUACAACAAUUGAUGUCAAAAGUUAACAUGAUAACAGGCUUCUUUCAGGUGUAUAAAAGUCAAAGCAGUGAAUUAUAACCAUUUAACAAUUAUGCAUUCUGUAUUACAUGUUUACUUCUGCAUGUGUUUACACCAUUUUGCCGGGGCCGUGGAGUAGCCUAGUGGUUAAAGCGUUCGCUCGUCAUGCCGAAGACCCAGGUUCUAUUCCCCACAUGGGUACAAUGUGUGAAGCCCAUUUCUGGUGUCUCCUGAGGUGAUAUUGCUGGAAUAUUGCUAAAAGUGGCGUAAAACUAAACUCACUACACCAUUUUACCAUGGGACAUUGAAAUUAAAUAUUGAAAAGAAAUGUUCAAGUUUUGUAUUGUUAAGUUAUAAAAAUGACACACAACUUGUAGUGAUAUUGGCUGUUAUAAAUACAUAAAAAGAUAUGAACAUUUAUAGUAAUUGAAAUCAUAAACUGGAUGUAAAUAUCACGACAAUAUUGCCCUGUACAUAAGUUGAGGCCAACCAGCUGCAGACUGGGUCAGAUUGAUCUGAACUGAGCUACGAAUGUUGAUAUUGCACACAACUAUAAAAGGAGAAACCACGGCAGUCAGGGGGGAAGAUGGCGGCUGGCGUGGUUUCUCAUUCUUGCAUCGCAAGACCACACCCCUUCACGAUGUCUUGAAUUCUCAAGUCAUCACAGGUUCAGCUAUAUUUGACUCAGACUGUAGCUAAUCAAUCCAGUACAGUUAUUUCAUUGGAACCAUACAUACAGUUGAAUUGUCGAUAGAUCAUGAGUAGUAGAUUUACGGUAUGUCAAUGUGUACAGGAUAAAUGUUUUCAAACAAUUUCACAAAUGAAUCCACAAACAAUAUUUUUGACAUUUUCACUUCACUUUCUAUAAAGAAUUGUUCAUAAAUGUGUAACUAUCAUAAGGCCAGUUUGAACAUUUCUCUGUAAGGAUGCACAAGAAGGAAGGUGAAGUGUAGUCAAGUGUGACUGCAGUGUUCCUGUAUCAAUCAGAUUCUGAUUAGGCGCCACGAGCAAUCACUUUGUGGUUGGAGUCAGCGCUAUAGAAGAUGACUUAUUAUUAUUAUUUAUUGAUUCAGUGCAUGAGGGUUGCCCCAUGUAGCUGGUUCACUUUCACCAACAUCCAGGGGAAGGUGCCCCAUUGUAUCACUGUCAGUUAGAACUUUACCCUAGCCAGUUUGGUUCACUUUGGUUUAGUCAACAACCAAUCAGAUUCCUUGUUACAGCCACACAGAGCCCAUUUGUAAUCAUUCGGAGACAUGGGUGUUGCCUGUUUGCAGCGCCUCAUCCUGAAGUUCUUUAUUCCAGGCGAGACGAAGAUGUCCUGUAGUGUAACUUAUAUCAACCAUCUGUAUAUCACCAUGGUGAUUUCCUGUCAGAAUUUACCGCCUCCGCGGUGUAGUGGUUAGAGCGUCCGCCCUGAGAGCGGAAG